CUAAACAUUAAUUCAAAAGUAAUAACUAGAUUACAAACGGUGUCUUUAAAAUGACGUUAGAAUGUCAAGCUUAUGAUAAUUUAUAGGAAUUUACACUUAUGUAUAGGAGAAAUAUAUUGGUGCGUUUUGUAGCUAAUCUGGCCAAAAAGUUCAGGGCUUGGCAGGAGGUGUGGAUAUUGCCGUGGUGGGGUAGUGGGGGGCUCGCUUCCGCACCUUUGUGGGCGCUGGACACUCUUGUUUUAUUGGUUAAGCUGUUUUCGAGUUGUACUGUGGCCGCUUUCAGAAUGCUAGUACCGCCGGCUUUGAGUAACUUACACGGAGAGACUGUACUCAUUACAGGAGCCGGCCACGGCAUCGGUCGAGAGCUCGCAAUACAAUUGGCUGAGCUCGGAGCGACUGUUAUCUGCUGGGAUAAAGACCAGAGACGCAACAACGCUGUUGUGAAUGAGAUAAGAAAGAAGGAUGGAGAAUGCUACGGAUUCACAAUAGACGUAACGGCUCAAGAUCAAGUUGCUUCCCUGGCGUCACGUAUGAGGCGACAACUGAGCGACGUCACUAUGGUGAUAAGUAAUGCAGGGCUCCUGACUUGUGCUCCGAUCACACACUUAAGACCUGAAGGCGUGAUGAAGAUCAUCGAAGUCAAUUUGCUGGCUCAUUUCUGGGUUAUUCAAGCUUUUCUGCCGAGCAUGGUCGACAGGCGAUACGGACAUAUCGUAGCCAUUAACUCGAGCGCUGGCUUAAUGCCGUGCGCUGAUAUGAUACCGUAUUGUGCUGCGAAAUUCGGUUUAAGAGGUCUAAUGGACUCCAUCACCGAAGAACUUCGCCUGGACACUUGGACUAAGAACAUAAAAACCACAUCGGUGUAUUUAGCUACGGUGUCCACUGGACUGUAUCCACCACCUUCGCAUCGAUUCGUCUCUUGGUAUUCAGAGAUAACGGCGAAAGAAGCUGCCAGUGCUAUUAUUGAAGGUAUUCGAAAGAAUCAGAAGUGCAUCAGCGUACCACCCUUAAUGAAAACCAUGAUAGACAUACACAACCUCAUGCCGUACAGAUUAAGGAUAGUUUUCGCGGAUUUUUUCAAUUUUGGACAUAGAGGGUGGUUUUGUUUUUGCUAA